AGCAGUAGUUGUACUGCUAUUAAAGUGUUGAAAUAGACAAAAUAAAGCGAGAUCUUGUCACGUGGUAGGGGAGGGUCAGGUUGGUGGUUUGAAACAAAGAAAUUAAAAUAGCUUUUUGACACACACAAAACAAACAAAAACAAACACGGCAAGAACAGGACAUAGUUAAUAAUCUCAAAGUAAAUCUAAAAAUAAUUACAUCUUGGUCAAAUCUGAUGACGUCACCGUCUUCACCGGCGGUGUCAUUCUUGAACACGCAGUCAGGUGUCGCGCUUCUAUCACGCGAGCGGCGACGCCCGCCCCGCUUCCCCUGCGCAUCUUCUUCGCUGAGACGCUUUUAUUUUAUUUCUCAUGUACACGCGUGGAUGUGGAAACGCACACUGGAGACUGCUGGCAUUGCGUGUACUCUCUUCCGCCCGGAGCUCCAAUCUCGAUCCCCUUGUGGACGUGAAGCCGAUGCACAUCAGUGGACGUCUGUUUCAAAUUCAGACUCUCCUUCUCUGCAUCCCCCUGCAAUGAUGUAGAGUCGCUGUAAAGAUUAUCAUCAUCAUCGUCAGCAGCAGAAGCACCUGAUUCUCUUCCUCUAGUACAGCACGCCUGCCUCUCCAUGUCUUCCCCGAUUGGUUGGAAGUGCUAUGUCGUCCGCCACACCCCUCGUGGCUCCGCCCCUUAAGAACAUUUGAGAAAUUAUAGGGGAUGGCUGACCCGGUUCAGGCCACCAACGAGGAGCUUAGGAGCAAAAUGAUGGACGUCCAGAUUGAGCUGCAGCAGGAGCGUGGCAAGGUGUGUAAGCUGCGUGAGCGGCUCCAGGAGCAGCGUCAGGCUCGGGAGCUAGAGCAGCACAAGCAUGCUGUGGCACUCACUGACUUGCGCGCCAAACUCCAUGAGGAGAAGCUCCGCGAGACCGCAGCUGCACGCGAAGCUCUGGCACGGCAGCAUGAAGCGGAGCUGGCUAGAACUAUUAAGAUCCGCGACAAUGAAGUACAGAGGCUCCAGGGACUUGUGCACGCCCUGAGAGACGGAGCCGCCGACAAGCUCAAAAAUGCUCUUCUCGGCGAGGCCCGAGAAGAGGCCAGGAGAGCCUUUGAUGGAGAGAGGCUAAAGCUACAACAAGAGAUUCAAGAAUUAAAGGCAGCCAAGAAGCAGGCCGACGAGGCCCUGGCCACUGCAUUGCAAGCUGAUAAAGCCAAAGCAGCUGAUCUGAGGACAGCUUACCAGCAGCACCAGGAUGAAGUGCACCGCAUAAAACGUGACUGUGAGAAAGACAUCCGACGACUGAUGGAUGAGCUCAAGGCCAAGGACCGUGUGGCGUGUGCCUUGGAGAGAGAGCUGGGGAUGCAGGCCGGCUAUGCCCAGAAGCUCCAACUCCAGAAGGAAGCCCUGGAUGAGCAACUGGUUCACGUACGGGAGGCCGAAAGACACAACCAUGGCAGCCCCAAGAGAGAGGUGGUGCCUGGCCUUGGGGAUAACUCAGACCUCUUCAACAACCAGGAGACGGAGGAGCGUGACACUAGGAGGUUCCAGCUGAAGAUAGCAGAGCUCCACUCCAUCAUCAGGAAGCUGGAGGACAGAAAUGCACUGCUGGCUGAUGAGAGGAAUGAACUUCUGAAAAGAGUUCGAGAGGCAGAGAGCCAGAUGAAGCCCAUGUUUGAAAAGAACAAACGUCUGUCCAAGAAGAAUGAUGAUGUCCUGCAAACACUGCAGCGAAUGGAGGAGAAACUGAAAAACUUGAGUCGAGAGAACGCUGAGAUGAAAGAAAAAGCUUCCCGUCCUCCGUUGCAGCACCAGACCCAUCAAAACCAACUAAAGCGGCCCAGUUCCCUGACAGACUUAAGCCACGCCCACGAGGAGCAGGAAGUAGAGUUUCUCAAGCUCCAGAUUGCAGAACAACGCAGUAUCAUUGACGAACUCACGCAGGAACGUGAGCGUUUGGUGAUGGGCAAAAAGACGAGGCGAAAACCUCUCAAACUAACCAAAAGGCAUGUUGUGGAGACAUAUUUUGGAUUUGAUGAGGAAUCCGUUGAGUCUGAAACUUCCUCUCUGACCUCCUUUAACACUGACCUCACUGACCGUACACCUGCCACUCCAGAGGAGGAAUUAGAGGAGAGCGUCUCUCGUGAGGAGUCGGAGCUUCGCUUUCGUCAGCUCACCAGAGAAUACCAGGCUCUCCAGCGGGCCUAUGCCCUCCUUCAAGAGCAGACUGGAGGUUCUCUCGAUGCUGAGAGGGAAGCCAGGACGCGUGAGCAGCUGCAGGCAGAGCUCAGCGGAUGCCAGGCCAAGAUCGUGGACCUAGAGAAGGUCCUGGUGGAGCGGGGGCAGGAUUCAAAGUGGGUGGAAGAGAAGCAGCACUUGCUCAGGAUGAACCAGGAUCUUCACGAAAAGAUGUGUGCAAUGCAGCAGGCGGAGUCACGGCUGCAGGCCGAGGUUCAGGAUGCUCGAGACCAAAACGAGCUGCUGGAAUUCCGGGUGCUGGAACUGGAAGAAAGAGAGCGAAGGUCUCCGGCCCUCAAUCUUCACAUGUCUGCAUUCCCUGAGAACAGUAGCAGUUCCCUGCAGGUCUACUGCCGCCAGGAGGGAGUCAAGGAUGUAGUCAUUCCCGAACUAAUGAAGAAACUGGAUAUCCUUGGAGAUAACGGGAACCUCCGAAAUGAGGAGCAGGUUGCAGUGAUCCAAGCUGGCACAGUUAUAUCUCUGUGUGAAAAGUGGUUAAAACAGGUUGACAACACAGAGGCAGCUCUCACGCAGAAAAUGAUUGACUUGGAAAACGACAAGGAGCUGUUUAGCAAGCAGAAGGGUUUCCUUGAGGAGGAGUUGGACUACAGAAAGCAGGCCUUGGACCAGGCCUACAUGAGGAUCGAGGAGUUGGAGGCUACGCUGUAUAGCGCACUGCAGCAGGAGCAGCCGUCAUGCCAGGCGGUGGCCGAGUCGCUGACAGACAGGCAGAGGGAGGAGCUGAGGCUUGCUGUGGACAAGCUGCGGCGUCACAUUCUCCGGCAGAGCCGGCAGUAUGACAGUCAGAUCUUACAGGAGCGUAUGGAGCUCCUACAGCAGGCCCAACAGAGAAUUAGAGAACUGGAGGACAGGAUCGACUUGCAAAAGAGGCAAAUAAAGGAAAUAGAAGAAAAGUUUUUGUUCCUCUUUUUGUUCUUCUCUUUAGCCUUUAUUCUUUGGCCUUAAUGAACAUGAUAGUCGAACCACAUCAGGUGUUAAGCUGUUGCAGAAGCAAGAAAGGACAAAAUGACACAAUUGUUUUUUAUGCAUUUGUAGGACAGCUCAUGUUUACCCAAUGGCCUUUUUGAUAAAUGCACUUUUUACAGAAGAAAUUACCUGCAAAGACAUGAAAAACUAUUUAUACACAAGAUUUAUUUAUGAAUGACUACAAAAUGACUGCUAUGCUGAUAUUUGGACCUGGAACAAAAACAUUAACGCUGCUGUCUGACACACACAACUUGGAUUUAUGGAGAAACACUAUGGAUCAGAAUUCCUUCCAGAGGGGUAAAGAACAACAGGAGGAGAAGAUUAAAGUGCAGUGACGGAGGGGGCGGCAAGUUGAGGAUUCUGGCAAAGUCUCACUUCAGUGGUGUUUCUAAGGAAACAGCAGGGCAACACACGUUUACAAAUCCGCUCCAAUGAAUUUACUGGCUCGAAUCCGCAUGGAGAAGAGGAAACAGUACAGCGAGGCAAACAAGG